AUGUGCUUGCUCAUCACCGGCGGCCAGGUCGUGGCAUAUACUAUCGGCUGGCUCUUCUCCGCCAUGCCCGGAGGUUGGCGUUGGAUCGUCGGCCUUGGGGCACUGCCUGCAUUCCUGCAAUUUGCAAUUCUCGUGUUUCUUCCGGAGACGCCUCGGUGGCUUGUCCAAGCCGGAUUCGACACCCGCGCACAGAAUGUCUUGUCCCGGAUCUACCGAGACUGUGACGACAGUGAACGCGUCGUGGAAAGAGUUAUGCGCAACAUUCGCGGGGAGAUUGUUCAGGAGGCCCUUGAACUCGGACAGAACAAACCCCUCGACUCGAAACCGCAGUGGCUUCAUGAUACCAUGGAGCGCGCAGGCGACUUGCUCCGUAAUGGUGGCAACCGGCGAGCGUUGACGAUCGCCAUGAUGCUGCAGGGACUGCAGCAGCUCUGUGGGUUUAACAGUUUGAUGUACUUUUCCGCCACCAUCUUCUAUGAUUUGAACUUCACUUCGCCGACCUUGAUUGCGCUCUCGGUGGCGGGAACGAAUUUCCUCGGCACGCUUCUCGCAUUUGUCUUGAUAGACCGAAUUGGCCGUCGACGCAUUCUGCUGUAUUCCAUCCCCGUGAUGGCUCUUGCCUUGUUCGGCUGUGCUAUUGCAUUCUUUUCCCUCAAAUCCUCCUCGCUGGGCGGGCGCGAUGAUCCAGGCACGCACCGAUUGUUGAUGCAAACUGCGUAUCUACCAAUGCUUCAGCGCAGUCCGGAAACUGAAUCCCCCAGUUUGUUCUUCCCCGUUUUAAUCAUUGUCUUCAUGGUCAUCUACACUGCUGCUUAUGCCUUGGGUCUCGGCAAUGUCCCCUGGCAACAGUCCGAAUUGUUCCCUCUGAAUGUGCGCUCCUUGGGCUCGGCGAUGGCGACGGGGACGAACUGGGGCUCGAACUUUAUUGUAGGCCUCACCUUCUUGCCCAUGAUGCAAUGGAUUUCGCCGGGGUGGACGUUUACAAUCUAUGCGCUAGUCUGUACGCUGGGCUGGUUCGCUGUGCGAGCCAUCUACCCGGAGAUGAGUGGGCUCAGCUUGGAAGAAGUGAAGGGUCUGUUGGCAAAUGGUUGGGGAGUGCAGGAGAGUCUUCGGCGUCGACAUGCUUUGUCGGUUGAAAUAGAGUCAUAG